GAGAGAGAGAACAUGAGUCAGAUGAGAGAGGAGUGUGAGGGAGGGAGAGAGAGUAAGGCAGUGUCAGAAAGCCAGAGGAGGGAGGAGUUGAGAGAGACAGAGAGAGUAGGGCAGUGUCAGAAAGCCAGAGGAGGUAGGAGUUGAGAGAGACAGAGUGAGUAGGGCAUUGUCAGAAAGCCAGAGGAGGUAGGAGUUGAGAGAGCCAGAGAGAUUAGGGCAGUGUUAGAAAGCCAGAGGAGGGAGGAGUUGAGAGAGACAGAGAGAGUAGGGCAGUAUCAGAAAGCCAGAGGAGGGAGGAGUUGAGAGAGACAGAGAGAGUAGGGCAGUGUCAGAAAGCCAGAGGAGGGAGGAGUUGAGAGAGACAGAGAGAGUAGGGCAGUGUCAGAAAGCCAGAGGAGGGAGCGGAUAUAGAGAAUGAGGGAGGGGUAGAGGAGGAGUUAGUGUGUGAACGAUGAAGGGAUAGCCUUGAUGAAAUCAACAGCUUGUUCACUGGUCGGACUUUCCCAAGACUGCAUGGUGGUCUGCACGUCUCACACACUCCCCGUCGGACACACGCACGGCUGUAGCCGGGACUAACGACAAACACCACGGGUAGAUGAAGAAGCAGAGAAGAUGACGUUGUUUGGGCUGGACUGUGCCAAGAAGAAAGAGAGAGAGUUGGAGAGGAAACUGAGGGCAAACGACAGAGAGCAUAACCUCUCCUUCAGAUAUGCGACCAAUGCCAUUAAGACGUCCAAAUACAACGCGUUCACCUUCCUGCCCCUCAACCUCUUCGAACAGUUCCAGAGAAUAGCCAACGCUUACUUCCUCAUUCUGCUGCUACUCCAAGUGAUUCCUGCCAUCUCCUCUCUGUCCUGGUUCACGACCGUAGUCCCUCUGGUCCUGGUGCUGUCUGUGACGGCUGCCAAAGAUGCUACCGAUGACAUAAACCGCCACCGGAGUGACAACCAGGUGAACAACAGGAAGGUCACAGUGCUCAUGGAUGGAGAACUACGGAGUGAAAAAUGGAUGGCCGUUCAGGUGGGCGACAUCAUCAAACUGGAAAACAACCAGUUUGUUACGGCAGACCUGUUGCUGCUCUCUAGUAGUGAACCUCUCAACCUGGUCUACAUAGAGACUGCUGAACUGGAUGGAGAGACCAAUCUAAAAGUGAAGCAGGCUCUGACAGUAACAGGAGACAUGGGAGACAAGAUCCACAGCCUGGCUGCUUUCAAUGGGGAGGUGCGCUGUGAGCCCCCCAACAACCGGCUGGACCGUUUCACAGGAACAUUGACAAACGCUGGUCAGAAAUACUCUCUGGACAACAACAAGAUCCUGCUGAGGGGCUGCACCCUCAGGAACACAGAGUGGUGCUUCGGACUGGUGCUGUUCGGAGGUCCAGAGACUAAACUGAUGCAGAACUGUGGGAAGACCACGUUCAAGAGGACCAGCAUCGACCGCCUGAUGAACGUGCUCGUCCUUUGUAUCUUUGGCUUCCUGGCGUUCAUGUGCAUGAUCCUGGCCAUCGGCAACCGGAUCUGGGAGCAACGCUGGGGGUCAGAGUUCACGGCCUUCCUGCCCAGACAGGACGGAGUCGACACUCCCUUCUCCUCCUUCCUCACCUUCUGGUCCUACGUUAUCAUCCUCAACACCGUCGUACCCAUCUCCCUCUACGUCAGUGUGGAGGUCAUCCGUCUGGGCAACAGUUUCUACAUCGACUGGGACAGGAAGAUGUACCAUGCCCGUAGUGACACCCCGGCCAAGGCCCGGACCACCACGCUGAACGAGGAGCUGGGUCAGAUCAAAUACAUCUUCUCUGACAAGACCGGAACACUCACUCAGAACAUCAUGAUCUUCAACAAGUGUUCUAUCAACGGGAAGUGCUACGGAGAUGUAUUUGACUACACUGGCCAGAGAUUGGAGAUCAACGAGCACACAGAGACAGUGGACUGGUCCUUCAACCCUCUUGCUGACCAUCAAUUCUCCUUCCAUGACCACUCCCUGGUGGAGGCUGUAAAGCUGGAGAAUGUGGAGGUCCACUCCUUCUUCAGAACACUGGCCCUCUGUCACACUGUUAUGGCUGAGGAGAAGACAGAGGGUGAGUUGCUGUACCAGGCCCAGUCACCUGACGAAGGUGCUUUGGUAACCGCAGCGCGCAACUUUGGCUUUGUGUUCCGCUCGCGCACGCCAGAGAGCGUCACUAUCGUAGAGAUGGGUAAACAACGCAGCUACGAGCUGCUCGCCAUCCUCGACUUCAACAACGUCCGCAAGAGGAUGUCCGUCAUCGUGCGGAGUCCAGAGGGGAAGCUGUGUCUGUACUGUAAAGGAGCAGACACCAUGGUCUAUGAGAGGCUGGACCAGUCCUGUAGCAAGCUGAUGGACGUCACCACUGAACACCUCAACGAGUAUGCUGGUGAGGGCCUGCGGACCCUGGCUUUGGCCUAUAAGGACUUGGAUGACGAGUAUUUUAGCAGGUGGAAACAGCGCCACCAUGAGGCCAGCACAGCCCUGGAGGACCGAGAGGACAAGCUAGACCUGCUCUAUGAGGAGAUAGAGAAAGACCUGGUGUUGCUGGGGGCUACAGCCAUAGAGGAUAAGCUCCAGGAUGGUGUGCCACAGACCAUCGAGCAGCUCGCCAAAGCUGACAUCAAGAUCUGGGUGCUCACCGGCGACAAACAGGAGACGGCGGAGAACAUUGGCUACUCGUGCAACAUGCUGCGUGAGGAGAUGAACGACAUCUUCAUCGUGUCGGCCAACAACCCGGAUGAUGUCAGACAGGAACUGAGGAAUGUAUUGAGCACCAUGAAACCAGGUGCAGAGGAGGAAGCCAUCUUCAUGCCAGAGAGGACGCUGGGUAACAAGCCGAAGGUGGUCAGGGACGAGGAGGUGAACGGGGAGUACGGCCUGGUCAUCAACGGACACAGUCUGGCCUAUGCCCUGGAGCAUAGCAUGGAGCUGUUGUUCCUGCGUACAGCCUGUCUGUGUAAGACGGUGAUCUGCUGUAGAGUGACACCACUACAGAAAGCCCAGGUGGUUGAGCUGGUCAAGAAAUACAAACAGGCUGUCACUCUGGCCAUAGGAGACGGGGCCAAUGACGUCAGCAUGAUUAAAGCUGCUCAUAUAGGUGUAGGUAUAAGCGGUCAGGAAGGUAUGCAGGCGGUCCUGUCCUCAGACUACUCCUUUGCUCAGUUCCGCUUUCUCGAGCGCCUCCUCCUGGUCCACGGCCGCUGGUCCUACCUGAGGAUGUGUAAAUUCCUGCGCUACUUCUUCUACAAGAACUUCACUUUUACCUUCGUUCACUUCUGGUACGCCUUCUUCUGCGGCUUCUCAGCACAGACGGUCUAUGAUGAGUGGUUCAUCACUCUGUAUAACCUGGUCUACACGGCACUUCCUGUACUGGGCAUGAGUCUGUUUGACCAGGAUGUGAAUGACAUGUGGAGUUUCCAGCACCCCAAUCUGUACGUUCCAGGCCAGUUGAAUCAGUACUUCAGUAAGACAGCCUUCUUUAAGUGUGCCCUCCACAGUGUCUACAGCUCAGUAGUGCUGUUCUUCAUCCCCUACGCUGCCAUGUACGACACGGUCCGAGACGACGGGCGAGACAUUGCUGACUACCAGUCCUUCGCCCUGCUGGCCCAGACCUGUCUGGUCAUCACCGUCUGUAUACAGCUGUGUCUGGACAUGUCCUACUGGACAGCGGUCAACCAGUUCUUUGUGUGGGGGAGUCUGGCCAUGUACUUUGUUGUCACCUUCAGCAUGUACAGUAAUGGCACGCAUAUCACCUUCCCUGCAUCCUUCCCCUUCAUCGGCACAGCCAGGAACUCUCUGAACCAGCCCAACGUGUGGCUGACCAUCCUGCUUACCUCCAUCCUCUGUGUACUUCCUGUGGUUGCCUACCGCUUCCUGUUGAUACAGCUCCGCCCCACCAUCAACGACAAGGUGAUGUUCAAGGUGAGACAGGCCAAGGCCACGCCCCCUCUCCCAGCACGACGAGCCAGGAUGCGGCGUACCAGCUCCCGCCGCUCCGGAUACGCCUUCUCGCACGCACAGGGCUACGGGGACCUGGUGACGUCCAACCAUUUCCUGCGCCGUCCCGCCAUCACGCGCUCCACCGCUUUCACCCCUCUGGGGCGCACCACCGGGUUCAGCCCCAUGGGCCGCUCGGCAGGAUACAGCCCCACUGGGAACGCUCUGAACUCCAGACCACAGGAGGUGGAGGUGACAUCACUACAGAUGUACCGGAUGGUGCGAGACUCCGCCUUCUGAAGAACUGCACAGUGCGAGACCCCGCCUUCUGAAGAACUGCACAGUGCGAGAUCCCGCCUUCUGAAGAACUGCACAGUGCGAGACCCCGCCUUCUGAAGAACUGCACAUUGCGAGACCCCUCCUUCUGAGGGAAGAGAGGAAGAGGAAGUGGAGGAGUUGUUGUUUACAGAGGACCAAAUCAGUGGAUGUGAUAUGUAAAAAAUAUAUAUCCUAAACAUUGACACAUACUGUAACUGUACACACACAAAUCUCUAUGACGACUGACUUGUCGAAGCGUUCCAAAGACAGCCCCUUGUAUCUGAUUGGUCACGCUCUCUUCCCCCCCCCCCCCCCGCUUCAUUGCCUCUCCUGUUCCAAUCAUUGGCCUUGUGUUCUAUCAAGACUGUUGUCAUGGGGAAACAAACCUCUCCUGUUCCAAUCAAUGGCCUUGUGUUCCAUCAGGACUGUUGUCAUGGGGAAACAAACCUCUCCUGUUCCAAUCAAUGGCCUUGUGUUCCAUCAGGACUGUUGUCAUGGGGAAACAAACCUCUCCUGUUCCAAUCAUUGGCCUUGUGUUCCAUCAGGACUGUUGUCAUGGAGAAACAAACCUUUCCUGUUCCAAUCAUUGGCCUUGUGUUCCAUCAGGACUGUUGUCAUGGGGAAACAAACCUCUACAGGUCAACUGUAUGCUAUAUUGUCUGUCAACCGAGGAUAAACUAUUACACUAUACUACAAUAUGACUGCUGUGACACCAUAGGAUCGUAUACUACACUGUGACUCUGUACUCAGUGCUGUGACACCAUAGGAUUGUAUGACUCUGUCCUCAGUGCUGUGACACCAUAGGAACAUUAAGACAUUAAAACAUUAAGAACACCUUAAAAAUAUUGAGUCACCCCCCCCCCCCCACACACACAGCUUUUGCCCUUUCAGAACAGCCUCAAUUAGUCAGAGUAUGGGCUCUACAAGGAAUCGAAAGCAUUCCACAAGAAUGCUGGUCCAUGUUGACUCCAUUGCUUCCCACAGUUGUGUCAAAUUGGCUGGAUGUCCUUUGGUUGGUGGACCAUUCUUGAUACACAUGGGAAAAUGUUGAGCAUGAAAAACCCAGCAGCUUUGCAGUUCUUGACACAAACAGAUGCACCUGGCACAUACUACCAUACCCUGUUCAAAGGCACUUAAAUAUUUUGUCUUGCCCAGUCACCCUUUCAAAGACACACAUACACAAUCCAUCUCAAUUGUCUCAAGGCUUAAAAAUCCUUCUUUAACCUGUCUCCUCCCUUUCACCUACACUGAUUGUCAAUAAGGGAUCAUAGCGUUCACUUGGAUUCACCUGGUCGGUCUGUGUCAUGGAAAUAGCAGGUGUUCUUAAUGUUUUGUCCACUCAGUGUAUACUACAGUAUGACUUUGUACUGUGACGCCAUAGGAACGCACUAAACCAAAGACCAGACCAAACCUCUCAGAGUCGUGGGCUUUAUUCCUUCUUCUAUCCUCACCAGCAACAAGCCCUCUCUUCUCCCACUGUGAUAAUACCAGUCUACAAUCACACAGGUGUAGAGAUGUACUGUACACUCCAACACUAACCACGGAGGGAGUUGGUAGGAUGUAUACCUUUCCUGUCUCUGGUCCACACUCCAUUCCAGUUGGUGGCGGUAAUGCACCUUAAUGUUGGUUGCCAACCUUCAUAAAAAAUCCACAGAAGAAGAUUGUGGGAGGUAAGAUGGAGGCUAUCACCAGCAAAAUCCUGAUUGUAUGGAUAAGUGAUUUUGCCCUUUACACCAUGGAAUGUAUUUUUUUGUAUAUAUAUAUAUAUAUACACAUUUAGCUGAAAAACUAACUAUGGACUUGAUCCAGUGAUGUUUGACAUUUUUUUACAUUUUUAUAGAGGAAAUAGAAGAUCUAUCUUCUGUUCAGUGUUGUUCAUCCAAGGGCUGAAUACGUUUUCAUCCUGAAUGGGAUAGUGAAAUGGUUAGCAUGCUAUCCAUUAGCCUGUGGACCACCUCAUCCUGAAUGAGAUAGUAUCAUGGUUAGCACGCUAGCCGUUAGCCUGUGGAGCAGCUAUAUCUCAAUGGGAGAGUGACAUGGUUAGCAUGCUAGCCGUUAGCCUGUGGAGCAGCUAUAUCUCAAUGGGAGAGUGACAUGGUUGGCAUGAUAGCUGUUAGCCUGUGGAGCGGCUAUAUCUCAAUGGGCGAGUGACAUGGUUAGCAUGCUAUCUGUUAGCCUGUUUAGCGGCUGUACUUGAUGUCGGUCCGGUCGGUGCUAUAGUAAAGUGUUACCCCAGUGGGCAUACACUGGUUGAAUCAACAUUGUGUCAAUGUCAUUUGUCAACAUAUUGUGAUGUGGAAUCUACAUAGAAAAAUCAUAUUUGAGUGGAUUUGGAAUAUGUCCCCAACUAGUACUGUUUUCAUCUAAUUUCAACCAUUGAAAUUAGGGUAAUUUAAAUACUAUGACUUAACCUGACUAACAGGUUGUUUCCUUAAUCUAAUAAUCAUCAUCACUUUAUAUUUAGAACUAGUGUAAAAAAUUGCACGUAGAUAUGUAAAACAUUUGUUAUCCUAUAGACUAUAUAUUGGGUGGUUGAAAUGGUUUAAUUUCAUAUUUGAUUAGACAUAUUUGACCUGGUUUCAAUGUUGAUAGUUAAAUGGUAUAUUUGAAUCAACAUCAUUGUUUUAAUGCAAUGCCAUCAACCUAAAUAAAGCGGUAUAUUGAAAUAAAAAGUGAAGCCACA